GAGCCUGUGUAAUAUAUAAAAGUUCAUAGUUAUUGUUGAAUAGUUUUGUAAGUGAGAGAAUUCAAAAUGCAAUCCGAAUAUUUAACACAGAAACACUUGUCUGGAUUUGAACAUUACAAAUAUAGUUCCAUCGAUACAAGUCCUAUCAGUGUGUACAUCAUGCAUCCGUUCUGGAACAAAGUAGUCGAGUGGGUUCCAAAAUCGGUGGCGCCCAAUGUGUUGACGUUUGUUGGAUUCCUAUUCACAGCUGGAGCGUGUUUAUUGCUCUCCAUUUAUGACUAUCAUUUCUAUGCGAACAGCACUGAUUUCCCACAAUACGCUACUAUUCCUCGAUGGGUCUACCUGGUGACUGCUCUUAGUAUAUUUAUAGCUUAUACGUUAGAUGGUAUUGAUGGCAAACAAGCCAGGCGUACCAAUACAAGUGGUCCUCUGGGUGAACUUUUCGACCACGGAUUAGACUCUUGGACAGCUGUGCUCAUUCCCACCUGUUUGUACUCCAUAUUUGGCCGCACUGAUUUCUCAGUGCCACCACUACGCUUCUAUUAUAUUUGCUGGAACGUAUUUGUGACGUUUUAUCUGUCGCAUUGGGAAAAGUAUAACACUGGAGUACUUUUUCUGCCAUGGGGGUAUGAUCUGUCAAUGCUUGUGAGUAUCCUAAUCGAUCAUCCUACGAUCAUCGAUCAUACAUGA